UUCUCUAUAGUUUCUCUCUCUGCACGCCUCUUUUUUUUCAGAUCUCAGAUUCAUCCACCAUGUCUUGCUACAGAGGAAAGGAAAGUAUGCUGGUAUAAUCUCCAUUUCGUUGUAAAGUCAAGGUGCUUGAUUGAUUGCAUAUUUUAUGAGCAGUUGUUGUUCACCUAUUUUGACCAGUUGAAGUUGAUUGCGCGUUGACCGGUUGUAUAAUUGAGGCAGAGUAAACGAUCCCAAAAAAAAAACAUAAUCCUCUUACUUACUUACUUGCCCCAACCCUUUUUCCUACUCUCCUAAAUUCACUUCAUCUACCGAUGAGAUGGACGUUCUUGAAUAUAUUGAUUCCUCAUACAUCCCAAUAGAAGAGAUAGAAUUAGCCACCGACAACUUCUCUGAUGAAAAUCUCCUCACAUGUGGUACAUCUUAUGAUGUUUACAAAGGACAACUACUCUUGCAACAAGGGGACUCCAUCAAUAUUGUUGCUAGGAAACGUCCACAAAGUGUCAUUUUGGUUACCGAGAUUAAGGUUCUUAAAGAUCUCAAGCACAAAAAUAUCAUUCCUAUAUAUAAGCUAUCUUUUACUGAAGAUAAUGAGGGAAUUAUCAUAAACAAGUAUGAGGCCAAUGAAAGUCUCGACAAACAUCUUGGUAGCCCAACGCUCACUUGGAUGCGAAGAUUGCUUAUAUGUGUCGGGGUUGCACAUGCAUUGAGUUACCUUCAUUAUGAUGCAGCAGAAAAUCAUUAUGUCAUACAUGGUAACAUCAGAAGCUCCAAAAUUUUGUUAGAUCACAACUGGGAACCCAAGCUACAUGGUUUUAAAUUUGCUGUUGAAAUUAGAAAGCAUAAUCUUCACCUUACCGGUAAGUAUAAUGGCUCCUUGCAUUAUAUGGACCCGGCAUAUGAAGACACGAGAGGUUUCAAUCAUAAGUCAGACAUUUUCUCCUUUGGUGUCGUGUUGUUUGAAGUCUUGUUUGGAAGAGAAGCAUCUAUUCCAAACGAUGAUAAUUGGUAUUUUGCUCGAAUGGCUAGAGCACAUUAUGAAGAGAGAAAACUUGAUGAUUUGAUAGAUCCUGUUCUUCGAAAGCAAAUGAACUUGCAAUCAUUGAACAUGUUCGCUGAGAUAGCAUAUUGUUGCAUAAAGGAGAAGCGAUCACAGCGUUCCGACACGAAAACGAUACGCACAAGACUUGAGAGAGCAUUGGAACUUCAACGCAAACAUGAACAAUCAACGGUUGCAGCAGUUGAAGGUACAACAUCCAACCACUUCAAGGGGAAAAGCUUGGAUCACUUGAGACUGCGAUUGAAUGACAUUGAGUUGGCCACUGAAAGUUUUUCUAAAACCUACUGCAUUGGGUCUGGUGGAUAUGGUAUGGUGUACAAAGCAGAUCUGGACCAUUUUGAUGGCAUGAAUUCUCCGAAAAUUGAAGAGAAGAAUAAAGGUGAAUGUCGUAAGAAACAUAGCUGUGUAGCUGUUAAGCGCCUUCAUAAUAGAGUAGACACACAAGGAGAACAGGGGUUUGUUUCAGAAAUUGAAACGCUUAGUAAUUGUAAGCAUCCGAAUAUCGUCUCUCUUCUAGGAUUCUGUGACGAAGGACGUGAGCUGAUUCUCGUUUACGAGUAUGUUGCUAACGGAAGUCUUGAUGAUUAUUUGGGAAACAUGGAUGGCAUAAAUAAUCUUGUUUGGGCCCAGCGUUUACAAAUAUGCCUUGAUAUAGCACAUGGCUUAAAUUAUCUUCACACCCAUACUCCAAUGAUAAUACAUCGAGAUAUUAAGAGUGCAAACAUCUUAUUGGAUGAUAAUUGGGUGGCAAAGAUUGCUGACUUUGGGCUCUCCAAAUUACAACGUGCAACUCAACAAGGUACCACCCUUAUUACCAACAAUAUUGCUGGUACAGAAGUGUACCUAGAUCCAGAAUACAAGAAUACUGGUAAACUGAAAAAGGAAUCAGAUAUCUACUCUUUCGGAGUAGUUCUAUUUGAAGUUUUGUGUGGAAGGUUGGCAUGUGAUGAAAUAUAUAGUGGGAGAGGGCUUCCAUCAGUAGUUCGACAACGCUUCAACGAGGGAACAUUUAAGGGAAUGGUAGAUCCAAAAUUAAUGGAAGCUGAUGAAAUCAUUUCUAUGCUAAAAGGGGGUGUCAACCAAGAUUCUCUAGAAACAUUCUCUAAAAUUGCACAUCAGUGUUUGGCAGAAACUCAAUCCGGGCGUCCAACUAUGGAAGUCAUCAUCAAAGAACUUGAAAAAGCAUUGAACUUUCAAUGCCAUGAUUCACAGAAAAGCAAGGACAACCAACAUAUAUCACUUAAAGCCAUAAAGGUGGGCACACAAAACUUCAGUGAUUGCAAUUGCAUUGGAGAAGUAAGAUUUUGGAAGCUUUAUGAAGGAGAAGUUGAUCAUGCUUAUGCAUGUACCCGCGUUGUUGUAAAGCGGUGGGAUGAAAAGUAUCAUCAAGGACAUAUUCAGUUUUUGACGGAGUUUGAAACUCUUCUCAAAUAUAAUCAUGAGAAUAUCAUUGGUCUUGUAGGCUACUGUAACGAAAUGAAUGAAAAAAUCAUCGUUUACGAGCAUGCCAGUAAUGGAAGUCUCGACAAUCAUUUGGACAAUCCUAGUCUUAGGUGGAUGAAACGCCUCAAGAUAUGCAUCGAUGCUGCAACUGGCUUGAAAUUUCUUCAUGGAGGUGGUGUAGAGCAAGAGGAUCCGAUGCGGCAUAGGGACCUUAGAAGUGGUAGCAUUCUACUUGAUGGUGAUUGGAAUGCUAAAAUUUCUAAUUUGGAGUUCUCCAACAAACUUUUUGAAAGUGCUGAACAUUUUGAUAUAUACUCGUUGGGGUACAUUGACCCAAGGUUCGAACAUGGGGGUUUCUUAGGACAACCCUCGGAUAUAUACUCGUUAGGUGUGAUUUUAUUUGAGAUGUUGUGCGGGAGAUUGGCAUGGGCAGAGGGAUGUGAGGAUCACUCUCAAUCGUUAGGUCCUUCCGCUGUAAGAUACUACAAUGAUAAAGGAAACCUUGACAAGAUGAUAUUUGAGGGUAUAAAGGAACAAAUUAUGCCACAAUCAUUGACUACAUUUCAAACGGUUGCCAUUCAAUGCUUAGAGUUUGACUUGGAGGAGCGGCCAGAUAUAGACCAGUUAAUAAUACAGCUUAAAAAGGCAUUGGAAUUCCAAGAGGAUUAUGAAAUAUGGGAGCCCAAGCUGCCUAUAGACUACAAAGAAAUCAUCCGGGAGUCAAAAACUCCAGAGUGCGACUCUAAAAUGAAAAAGGAUCUCUACGACAUGUUUUCUAAAGGAAUCCUCCUUCAAGACGCCAAAGUGUUGUUCUCCAUCGGAAGUAACGGGGAAAGAAAUGAAAUGAUAUCAGCAAAAAGAUUUUCAUAUAAGAACCAUUUGUUACCUAAAUGGCGAUCUCUUCCCGAAUCAAGGUUCCCGAAAGUAGCAGAGAUGUUUUACGUAUCAAAUUUGAAUAUUCAGAUCAAGAUAAGAACACAAUUCUUGUCUCCAAGUGUCAAUUACAGGGUUCAUCUCAUCUUUAGAUUUCGUGGUCCAAGAAAAUCUCAAGCUAAACGGAUGUAUGUGAACCUAAAGUACCAAAUGGGGAACGAAAGCUUGAAUGCAUAUUUCGCAACAUGGAGAGAAGAUGGAUGGAUGAUGAUUGAAUUGUUUCAAUUCUUGAAUUACAAGAAAGAUACAGCUUUUGAGGUUCUACUAGAAAGCUUCUCACGAUGCUAUUGUGGAUGUGAUUCCAUCUACAUUGAAGGCAUUCAGUUUCAAGCAUAUUCCGAAACACCCAAGAAGUUAAAGGAAGUCCAAUAUGUCGUGAAAUCAACAUCGAAGACAUACAAGUUUUCGCCAAGUAAGAUGAAGGUAAAGAAAGAUCAUAUGACGUGGUUCGCGUUAAGUGAAAUCAAGAGAAAGAAAGAUGAGCUGCUUUCGGCAAAGAAGGUCGUGUACAACUCUUCUAACGUGGCGAUCCAAUCCAGAUUUAGUGGGGCGAUUGAGUGUCUAAGACGACCAGUAUUGCAUAUCAAGUGCAAGAUUGAAAGCCAAAUGUUGUCAGCAAACUCUCAAAAUGCGUGCUACCUUGUGUUCAAGCUUUCAGAGAAGUGUUGUGGGUUGCAUGGUCCGGUGAUAGUACGAGAUUUAUUCAACUGGGGAAGCAAAGAGAAGGGAAUUCUUUAUUUUAGACAUACAAACCCCUGGAAUGUACUCGAUACUGACUGGGUUCCAAGACAGAGGAAAGAUGGAUGGAUGGAGGUUAUUGUGUGGAAAUUCAACUCAAAUUAUGAGCUUAAAAAUGAUCAUCUUUUUGUUAAUUUGAAACUCAUAACUUAUGAAGGAACAAUGUCGGGCCUUAUUGUACGUGGCAUCAGGUUUUGUCCGAUCUUAGUCUAGUCUAAGCCAGAAGCAGCUCGGUAGGCAGAUCCAUUUAAAGAACAUAAUCAUAUGCUUGGUGCUGAUGUGGCAGUCUCAGUGUGAAGAAUGGUACGGCUGAAGGAUUGUCCAGGCUCAAUGUUGAUUUAGUAAAUUAUUUCGGUAAAAACUGUUGGUUCACUUCAAGGUUAAUGGUAAAGUAGGUGCUUUGACAAGAAGUAUGGUUGAAGCAUUGAUGAUAAACAGGACAGUUGUAAUCUAUUGACAAAGAAGUAUUGAAUGAAGUUUCAUGUUUUCUCUAGUUAA